GGUCUAACGGCCCCUCCUCCCACCACCACAAAAACUCCUCUCCAAAAAUCCGGAAAGCCAAAUCCCAGAGCUUCCGUACUCGUCGUAGUCCAUCUGAACGGAAGGGCAGUUCAUCUGCAUUUGCACCAACUUCGGGACAACUCAAUCUAGCUAUUGAGCGUGUUGGCAGCAGGAGAAGCCCUAGUGGUCCAUCGCCUCAUGACAGCAAAAGUCCUAGUAGCACAUCACAGAAGAGUCCGAUGUCUCUGUCACGACAGAACACCGUUCGGCAGUCUCAUCGGAGAAAGAAUAGCAUGACAGCGUCGCUGAAUUUGCAGGGACGGCGGAGUCCCUGCGGAACCGCGCCAGAGCAGCGCAGUCCGCAGGGACGUCGCAGCCCCGUCUUUCUCAGCUACGAACAGUCACGCUCAGGACACCGCAGUCCAACUGAUCGGCGAAGUCCAACUUCCUCAAUUCACGUACAGCAGCAAUCGGGGCAUCGGAGUCCUAUUGACUAUGAAAAGCGAAGCCCAAUAUCUGGAGUUGCACCACCGCUUGAUCGAAAAAUGUCAGGAGGAAUAUCACCGGAUGAGCGAAGGACUUCUCUACAACAGUCACUGAUCUUGGGCAGACGAAGUCCCAUUGGUUUCUCGCAAGGAAUGAUGAUCCCUCUAACACCUAGUCGUAGCCCAACGCUUCCUAUUCCACCCAUAACAAUCUCCAAUCCUUCAGAAACAAUUGCCAUCAUCCAACGCCAGAUUGACAGCACAGUUGAGUCCUCGGCAGAUGAAAAGAGUCCUCCUCCAGUUGAGCGCAAGGAGAAGACUAGCGUUAUGCGAGAAAUCCUGGCUUUUGUGCGCAAACCUUCUAAGAAGGUCACGACGAGAACUAGUCGUUUUGCUGCAGCUUUCUCAAGAGCAGAAUCCACAUCUGGAAGUCCUUUGCUGCGCCAGAGCACCUUUUCCAGUGCCCCAACGGCAUCUAGUCGAGCAGCCAAGAGUGCAGUCACUAAGCAAAUGUCGGAAGUCAGCUUGGAACCGAAGAUGUCUCAACGCUUUAAAAAUCUAGCCUACACGACAAAACUCUCUCUGAGGCUUCGAAGGUCCGACACAGGUAGCAAAGGCAAGGACAUGAAGAAAUCUAGUGGAGAGGAAGCCAGCGAUGUAGAGAGCAUAACAGAUGUGAGAGCGGUAGAGAAAUUGGGUACUAAGCCUUCUCUUAGCAGUACUAAUGGUGGACUGUCAUUUGAGUUGGAGAAUGUGUACUUUGAAAAAGUAGGAGAUUCCUAUAUCAAGCACGAACAGAUCCGCGAGGAGACUCUUGAAGAAUCUAGUCCUGUAAAGUCUGUUUCGAGUGGAGAGAAACGAACAGCUGAGGGAACAUUGGAACCUCAGCGUAUUGGGAUGAGCGGAAAAUCACCGCUGGAGGAAGAGACGGAACGCAUUGAAGAGCUCAAAAGGAGCCUCUUGAGCCUCCUUCCACCGGUGGAGGGAAGUGUAGAUGAUGCGACUCAAGAUACGACUGAGGCUGUCCCAGAGUUUACGCUCGAGAAGCCACAAGUGCCUGCCACCACCAAGAUGCAGUGUCCCACGUUCGAGAUCGAGCCCCCAUCCCGGCGUGCAUCCUUUGAUCCACCUCGGUCACCCUAUCUGGAAAAUCUCCGGAGUCCAGGUGCUCGAGGUGAUGAUGCAAGUGGUGUACGCAGGGACUCGGGGGCGGAUAGUUUCGAAAUUGUGGACACUGAUCGCAAUCGUGAAUCGAGCUUUGAAGACCGCUAUUCAUCCAUUGACACGAGUUUCGACAUAUCCAGGUACCACUCGACGAGUUACGAAGAUCAAACAUCAAGCUUCGAAAUGAUGGAAGCCACUCCCGGUGAUAAGAGAUCACCCUAUGAUCUCCGUAAAUCGUCGAUUGAGCUCGUGGAUGUUGAAACCUUCCAGCAACGCUCAGGUGGCAGCAGCGAUGGUCGCAAAUCCUCUUUGGAAACACAUUUUGACUAUACUCUGCCCCAUGGUAUGGCCAAACACUUCCACUCCCGCAAACAUUACCAUCAGCAACGAGCAGCUAUGCCUCGACCACGUAGCCCACUCUCGCAGCAAACGUCAUCCAAUUACAGUUCUCGUGACUCCUAUGAUUCAGCUUCAGAGCCUCUGGCUCAGAAGCGUCUUUCUGGCUCUCGAAGCCCCUUUGCAGAUCCUACGCGUCAGCACUUUCCACUUCCGGCUCGAUCACCUUGUACCGGCGUCGACGGGGAACCUUUCCUGUGCAUGGAUCACCGUUGUGCCGCCAUCUUUGAACCACGUCCACCACGAACUUCCUCUCCCUACCUUACCACCUCCAGCGGCAGCGAAUUCGAGCCACCGUCGCCGCGACGUGCCUCCUCAGUGUCACCCAAGCACACCUUUACUUUCCGCAUUGUGCUCAAGAAAGUCGAAAGCAGUCCUGAUGAUUUGUGUCCAACACGUGAACCACGAAGGAGUCGCGUUGACAGACACAAGAGACGUGAUAGCCGUCGCAAGAGACUCAUGGACACGGGAAAGAGUUUCUAGGAGCUAAGGAACAAUCACCCCGGAACCCUUCCACCCGUCAUCCAAUGCCUUAUUCGAGGAAGGAUUUUCUGGUGAGUUGAAUACAUUCGAAAAAUUCCCAAAAUUGGCAAAUUUCACGAGACUUAAAACGAAAAUUCGAAAUUCAAGCGAAAAUUCGUUUUCGAAAAACAUUCAGAAACAAUAUUGGCAUAUUUUCAAGCUUUUCCAAAAAUUCUAAAUACCAAACCUAAUAGCAAUUUAAAGUGAGUCCUAAAAAUGUUAAAUUCUUUAAAAAGUAUUUUUUAUAUCCUGUGCCAAAAACACAAUCCAAAAAACAUUUGCUUGUUUUUAAUUUCAGCAUGUCAAAUGAAAUUAGAAAUGUGCGAAAGUGAAAUACGUGAAUCAGGGAAAGUUUACAAAUUGUAACAUAAACAUUUGCUUGCGUUCAAGUUUAAUAAUUAAAAAGUAGAGACGAAAUAAAACAAAAAAUUGAAAAAUGGCGAAUUAAUUAAUUUUUAAAUAAAACUUACCAGUUAGUUCUUUCUGAUCCAAAUCACCCAAUUCCUUUCUGAUUCCGCCAAUCUGCCUUCCACCUGAAAAAUAAUGAAACACAGAAGUAUAACAAUUUGCCAGAUGUGGGUGAUUGUGCUAAAAAAAAGUUGAUAAGAAUUUGUGUGGAUAAUUUUAAAAGAUAAUCAAUAAAAUGUUGUUACUGUUGGCAACUUAAACUAAUCUCAUUGAUAUAAUUGAUAAAGAAAUGAUAGGACAAAAGAAUAAAUAAAACGUACACUGUGACAAUCCUCAAUGUUACUUAUAUUUAGAAACAAAGAUAUUAUUGAAAUUAUAGAAAAAUAAUGAAUAUUGUUUUUCCCCUUAUUCCCUAUAUUAAGUAAUUAUAUAUUCAAGUCUGGCAACAUUUGGCAAUGAUUUCGCAAGAAUAAUUAAAUAUCUAUAAUUAGUGUUCAUUACUUAAUUGUUAAUUCCUGUGAUUACAUGAUAAAGUUUUUAUCCAUGGACACAUAAUACCACAGUAGCUUAAUCGUUUGCAUUUAUUAAACCGUUUCAGUGUUCGAACUCAAAGAGAGAGCGGUACUUUUCUCAACUUUGAACUAACCUACAGCUUAAACGGUAAAAGAUAUUAACAUCACGUUUUCGCUGACCCCCAAUAAAAAACAUUAGGGAAAAGUAACUCCCCUUUCGAACAGUCAUGCCUUCGAAUAAUGUGAUUUUUUUUUACUUGCACAUAGGGUAAGUGUGCCAAAUUUCGGCAUCUUUGCAUGCAAGCGCCAAAGUCUCAAGUUUGAAAUGUAAUAUUUUUAAUAAAAAUUGAUUUUUUAUUCCUUCUUCUUAAGGAGUGUUGCUUGGAACCUUGUAAACCGUUUAUCGUCUUUAUGUACUCUAAAAUCAUUCUUAAUACAUUUUAAAAUGAAUAAAAAUGUAGACAUAGCUUUGGUGUCCUAUUUCGGCCACCUUCAUUCUCAUAGUUCCUUGUCCUUAGGGAAUUCUUUCAACGUCUUUUUCACGUCAUCUCGUUUGUCAAAGCUACAUUUUUUGUUAUUCUUUUGCAUUGUAUAAUCUCUAGAGUAUGUAAAAACUAAAAAUUCAUGGAAAUUCGAGGAACAAAAAAGAUGGCCGAAAUUGCAAGCUGGCCGGAAUUGCAAGCUGGCCGGAAUUUGACACACUUACCCUAAUUAUCAAUAAUAAUUGAUAAUAAGCUAACUAAUAUUUAACAGAAAUGUAAAAUGUUAGGAAAAGUAAAAAAAAUCACAUUAUUCCAAGGCAUGAACAUUCGAAGGGAGAGUACUUUCUCCUAAGCACUAAAAAGCCAUACGAAAAUAUACUUCACGGAGAGCUCUAUCUUGUGAGUUCGAACAUUCCGCAAAGCGUGGACACUUUGUAAUCUCUUUUUUUUUAUUCGAAAAGCAAAAUCAUUCCAAUAAAGAAAAUAUGGAUUGCAUUUUCUAUAAAAUAGUCUGUUGUAUUUUUUACGGUUAAUCUUUCAUUAAAACCGUAAAUGCGUCACAUUUCUAUAAAUUUUUGAUCAAAAUAAAAACAGAAAUUACCGUAUGAAGAUUUAAACUUAAAAUAAUUACUGAAAAAACUUUGAAUUUUUUUUUAUAAAGUUUGUUACAGUCAAAUUAAAUAUAGUUUUGGUAAUCUAAAAACUUCUGGUUUUAUUUAUUCAACGUAUAAGGCAAGAAUACCAUUUUCCCUGUAAUUUUUUGGGAGAAUCAAUUUACUUUUCUGUUACUUAAAAAUAGAUUACCUUCCAACAUAUACGAGAUCGUUAAAAUUCGUGCCAAAUCGGAAAAUAUUAUCAUUCGUACACUGGCAACCCUACAUUAUCAAAUUGAUCAAAUCUAGUAUUGCCAGAGGAACCAACAUUAUGGUGAUUCCUCUGGUGUUGCUAGUGCCGAAGUGAUUGUAUAUUUACUGCGCGGAGUUUCUAUCAGUCCAUAUCUGCUUUACUAUCAUUAAUUCUUUUAUCCUUAUAUUGAUUUUACUAUGAUGAGUUAUUUAAAGAAAAUAUUUUGUAGGACUAUAAUGCCCAGUACACAAUAAAUUUUGUUUUGUAAACAUGUUUUUUGACUUUUCAGUGUUAUGUCCAGCGCACAAUAACUUUUGUUUGUAAACAUGUUUUUAAAAUUUCCUAUAAGAAUGAGCGAGAUGACUAGAUCUAGAUCUCACUCACAUGUUUACAAAAUAAAAGUUAUUGUGCGUUGGGCAUUACUGAAUGAAAUCUAAAUUAAGAAUCUCGCUCACUCUCGUAUGCAAUUUUGAAAACAUGUUUACAAACAAAAGUUAUAGUACGCUGAACAUAAUGCUCAACGUACAAUAACUUUUGUUUGUAAAUAUGUUUUCAUAAUUCCCUAUGGGAGUGAGCGAGAUGACUAUCUAGGUUUCAUUCACUCUCAUUGAAAUGUCAAAGACAUAUUUACAAAACAAAAGUUAUUGUGUUUUAGGCAUAUUUGAGUUGCUAUUGCUAGUUUUUCAACUCAAUCGAUCAAUAACCGUAAUGUAAUGAUGUUUUUAAUUUUUCUAUAAGAGUGAACGAAACUUAGAUCUAGUCAUCUCGCUCAAUCUCAUAGGAAAUUUAGAAAACAUGUUUAUAAAUGAAAGUUAUUGUGCGUAAAGCAUUAUGCCCAACGCACAAUAAUUUUUCUUUGUAAAUAUGUUUUCAAAAUUUCCUAUGUGAGAGAACGAGAUGACUAGAUCUCUGUUUCAUUCGCUCUCAUUGAAAUUUCAAAAACAAGUUAAAUUAACAAAAGUUAUUGUGCGUUGGGCAUUAUACCUACAAAAUUAUUUUAAAUUUUAAACCAUUGAAAAAUAAACAAACUGUCGAUUUUGGUUGAAAAUUAAUAAAAAAGAAAUAUGGUCAAAUGCAUGGUUUUAUGACACCAAUUGUGUUGUUAAAUUCUAGACUACUUUAAAGAAAAUAUAAUCCAUUUUUUUUAUCUUCUAUGUAUCAACUCAACUUCAGUUGAGUUAAUUCAACAACAUAAUUCUGUUAAAAAUCAUUGAAGCUCAAUCUGGAGGUUAAUAAGAGACUAGAUAUUUUUUUGUGUCUCUCCUCCAAUUUUCACUCCCAUCUCUACUAAAAACAAGUAAAAAAAAUUGUAAAAAGAGUAAAACUUUAUGAAACUAUACACACAAAAUGCCUCGUGAUAAGAUGGAAAAGUUAAAAAAAAAAAUACAGUGAAUAUGUAAAGUAUGCGAACACGUAAAUUUGAGAUAUAUCACAAGGACAGGAAUUUUAUAUGUGCAACUUUAAUAUUUACCAUGAUUGAUAAUAAUAAUAAUUCUAAAAAAAAGAACAAAAUAAAAAUAAUUGAGAUGAAUGUGUGUUGAUAUGUUAUACAACCAUGACAUUAAAAGUUGAAAGGAAACAAUUAAAAACGUAAAAACUAAUAAAUUUAGCCUGAUUAUCCCAUUUGCCACAUAAGAUCUUUUAGAGUGUGAGGUUAUGUUGGACAUAACCUUGAAAAAAAAACCUCGACGAAUUCCUAGAAAUAAAUUAAUAACUUAUUUGACUAUUUCAAGGACAAAACACUAUAUAUAACCUUAAAUUUUGCCAAGAGAUUACUUGUUUUUAAAUAAUCAAACUUCUGAUAAAAGUUCUAUGUAUAUAUCAAUUGAAAACUCUAGAAUCAAAGUAUGUUUUGGUAAUUUUUAAAUGAAGACCAAACAUAACCACACAUUUUAAAAUGGCUUAAUGAACAAAUAAAAGAAGAAGGCUAAUUAAUUACACUUUUGAAUGUGUGAUUGUGCUCUUUAACUGUUAAAUUUAGCUUAAAAAGUAAACACACAUAUAAAUACUGAAUGUGAAGAGAUACAGUGGCUUGCAAUAUCGUCGAAUCACUUUAAAUAUAUUAUUUAAAUUCUUUCAAAACCAUUAUUGUUGCAAGAUAAAAAAAAAAAUGCAAGACCACCGGGUGAACAUUUAAGAGAAAAAGAAGUAACUUGACUAAGAGAAUAAAUGAGAACAUCUCCUUCAUGCCUUACAUGAUAUAUAUCUUACAUUAUUGAUCGUAUUAAAUUUAUUAUUGAAUAUAUCUAGAAGUUAUUGAAAGUUAUACAUUUUUACUGUAAUGUCCAGAGUGAUUGUGCUUAAAAAGAUGCAGACAGUCAUUCUCUUAGUAAAAUGAAGAAGAACCUAUUUAAAAAACAGACUCAAUAUAUUCACUGUUGUUAUUAAGGGGAAAUCAAAAAGAAAUAUAUUUGGACACUUUGAAAGCAAAGAAAUCUUCAAAAAAAAAAACUGAUUAAAAUUAAAGAGAGAUGUAUUUAUUGAUGAAAAAGUGAAUAUAUAUUUUAUUAGCCAGCUGGAUUUGGGGCCGUUAAUAUAACUUAGAUAAAAGAAGAAAAAGUAAAAGAAAACCAUGUUAAUAUUGAUAAUAACUCAAAAAAUUAAAUCUAUGUCAUAAGAUGUUUUAACUAAGAAAAGAAAUUAAAAUAUUGAUCAGCUAUUCAUAAAUAUACCGAGUUUAAUCGUGAAAUAAAAUAAUGUUUGCUUGUGGGGCAAUUAAUAUCGUGGAAUGUGACGAAGUUAAAAAAAAAAAGUUAUUGCCACUGAGAGUCAUUUUUUAAUGUCCUCUGUUUAUAACUAGUGGAUGGUGUAAAAAAAAAAACAAUUUCCCGCUCUGACAAAGGCUGUUUGUAGUUAAUGAAUUUAUUUCAUACCUUUGAAAGUUUCACACUCGAAAGAAUUUGCCAAAAAUGCCAAAUUUAUAAAUGUUUGUUGAAAAUAUAUUGCAACCCUAUAAUCAUGGUAUUUCAUGUUCUCAUAAGACAAUUUAAAGAGAAAAAAAAGAGGAAAAGGACAUACGCAAUGAAAAAUAAAUUGUUUGCAAGAAAAUUACUUAAGAGUGAAACUACAUAAUAUUAUCAACCAUAAACUGAAGGUUUCGUAUAAGUUCAUGUUCAGGUGAAAAAUAUAUUAUUAUAUGUAUACAGAAA